CCUCGCGUUUCCGAUGUCUUCCAAGAAGAAGCAGCUGACCAUGGACGAUCUGUCCUCUGACAGCGAUGACCAGGUGGGCAGCCAGCAUUCUGUGCCCAUCUUCCUGCAUUGACACCAGCGCCGCUAACUUGCUCUCACCAACUCCUGGCCCUGCUCGCGUCGCGCUGCAUCGGUCAACCGGACAGAACACCGUCGUUGUCACCAAGCCGAAGAAGGACAAGUCCACCCCGAGCAAGAGCUCGACAAAGAGCUCGAAGCGCAGCCGCGCGGACAGCGAUUCCGACUCCUCUGGCGCCUCUGACUCCGACUCUGACAGCGAGUCCGAGCGCAAGCGCCGCAAGAAGGCCAAGGCCGCCAAGCGCCGGAGCGCCGACAGCGAUUCCGAUGCCUCGGACGCCGAGCCGGAGGCGCCUGCCCCCAAGAAGGCUGUCUCCAAGUCCGGCUACCCGGAGAACUCCGCCGGCGAGAUUUGCUUCAAGCUCUCCGACUUUAAGCAUGUGACGCUGUCGUCCUUCCGUGGUGUCAAGUAUGUCAACAUCCGCGAGUACUACAACGCCCCGAACGGCCAAGUUCUGCCGACCAAGAAGGGCAUUAUGCUGAACGCCGCCCAAUGGGCCGAGCUCGUCGACCAGGUUGCCACUAUCGACCGCGCCUAUCGCGGCCUCCCGCCGAAGUGAGGGUCCUCCUUUCGCCGCGCCCGAUCUCCCCGGCGCCCUGCCGGCCGCCGUCCCCCUCUUCCCCCCCCGCCCCCAUUAUUCCCACCGCCAUCACGGCGGUGUUUAGAUGUAUACCUGGCGCAAGCCACAAUAUCAGAACGAUAUCCUACAACUCCAG